CCAGAGUGACAAUAAAACAGAAGAUAUUGUUUCAGUACUGCGUAUUGUAUUUGAAUAAAUGAUGAGAGAGAUCAACUUUAUAUUUAAAUUUUGGGCUGCUACAUGUCGACAGUUGCUUCAAACCCGAUAUGUAGGAAAUUCAGUGAAGUUAAGCUGGGUAGGUUAUACAUAGUGCAGCCUUUGGCAACCCCGUCUCCCUGGUAGCGACCAAAACAUGCAAUCCGAGGACCUCGGCGUAGGUGACGUCAGUGCCACAUAUCCGCGAUCUACGAGGAGACAUUAUUUAUCACUGUAUAUCAAAGACCUGUGUUUCCUACCCUGGUUACCCUGCCUGGAUAAGUGUCAUGGCGACAGAUCCUUUGGCUGAAGCUGGUCUUCAUUUUGAUGACUUCAACAAACUGCGUGUGUUGGAGCCAGAGGUGGGCCAGAGGAGCACAGAGCUCAAGGAAGAAUGCAAAGAUUUUGUAGACAAAAUUGGGCAGUUUCAGAAGAUUGUAGGUGGACUGAUUGACCAUGUGGACAUGCUGGCAAGAGAGGCAGAGAGAGAGAAGAUGAAGGCCAUAGGAGCGAGAAACCUGCUGAGGUCUGUGGCUAAGCAGAGGGAGGCGCAGCAGCAGCAGUUGGAGGCCCUCCUGGCCGAGAAGCGGAUGCAGCUGGAGAGGAUUGAAUAUGAGGCGCUGUCUAAGGUGGAAGCCGAACAGAAUGAAUUCAUCGACCAGUUCAUCCUUCAGAAAUAAGGCUGUGAAGUGAGAAUAGGGCUGCUAGUAUGAGGUCUUGUAGAACCUUAAACCUUAUAUUGUUCCAUAUCCAAGGUGCUUCUUGUUGCUUGAUGACAAGCGGAAAAGGAAUGGCAUUUUUAAUAGGAGACAAUUAGACUGUCUUUUCAGUUUGUAUUAAGAAUGAACAGUGUAUCCAGUACAGCAAAUUUCAGCUUAUGAAAAUAUUUCUCAAAAGCUGGUGUGUUUCGCAAACUGGAAUCCAAAGUUAUGCUUGUCUUUUAUAUAGACAAACAUUUGGAAUAUUUAAUUACCAAGUCUCUUGUGCUUUUUAACCAAAUGCUUAUACUGUAAAUCUUUUAUUACAUUUUGUACAAAUGAAAAUAUUGUAAAUAGCAAUUAUUGAAUUGUGAAUAUUUGCUUGUUGUACUGUUCUACAAAUAAUUUUGCAAACAUUUACAGGAGUCUGUAUCUGGACUUUAUACCAAAUACGUAAAGGUUAAAAUCGAUUUGUCUAAUUUUAAUUACACCUUCAGUUAUUGUAUAAUAAAGAUACAUUUUGAACAAA